UACUUUAAUUUUAGCUCAAUUAAAACUCAAAUAAGUAAUUCAUCAUGUAAUUGUUAUUACACUUAACAAAAUUAUAAACAGAAUAUUACUUACUUAAUUACGUGGCACCACGAAGCACGUGGAUUUGAUACACCUGCUUUAAUGAAUUAUGUCGACAAAGAUGACCUAAUCCUUUUUCCGACGAGAAAUCAAUGCGUAGUAUAUAAACUUUACCAUUUUGGUACGGAAAACACGAGUAGCCCCGUGUUAAAAGAGCCGGAUCCCUAUAAAGGCAUUUUGCAUUUGGACAACUGGAUACAAAAGUGUUUUGCCGAUAACAAUGUUCCACUUCCCACGAAUGGAAUUCACAGAUUCGAAGAACUAUUGCGGGUGCGAGCCUGGCCGAGCUCGCCCGAUAUGGCCACGGGGGUCAGCGAAAUACUGCGAAAGCUGCAGGAUAUGGAGAUGGAAACGAUACCUCCAGUUCUUCCUGAAGCAUCUUAUGUAAGUUGCUUUCUCGAAUCGAAAACAGGAUUAAGCAGAUUUAUGGAACCACUGAAAGAACUACUGCAAAAAGGCAGGGAAGCUGAGCGCCUAAUUAAAGGAAUGCUGGGAAAAUUUUCCCUGUCGACCAAAGGAAGCUUAUUCGAAACAGGAAUACACAAAGUGGAAAUGCAAAACGGCUUAAUUAUAACAUCACUUCUGUCAAAAUAUUCCGCUCAAGUAGCGCGUCGUCGCAUGGAACGAAGACGGCUUACUGAUGAAGUCCUGGCUUACGAUAACGAUGCCAUUAUGAAUGUCAAGGAUCCUUCGACUGCGAUGCAAAUUCAUUCGCACGAAAAUUCUGAUCUUGUUGAAAAUUUACCACAUCCUGAUCAGUACGAUCAACCAACGAAAGCCGAACUUAUAAGGAAAAUGAUCCAUCGUACAUUUAUGGGAUUGCCCAUUGCCUCUGUUGCAGCAAAGGAUUUCAAACUGCCAUACAAUGUUAACGAUAAAGCAGUAUUGCAAAAGGUCACAAAUCUUCAACCCAGUGAUAACGGAAUAUUCUCCAGUUUUUCAUGGCAAGUCGCUUUCCAUAGCCGUUGUUCGCGGGAAAUCCUUGUGUGCGCUUGGUGGUGGAUUUUCCUUUACUAUUUUCGCACGGAAGAUGAAAAUAACAGAGCAAGCAAACUGUGUCUGCUUCUCCGGCGUCUUGGCAAGUCGUACCGAAAUUUGUAUAAAACUAUCACGGCAAACUUCCGGGAUCGAGUUCUGGAGCGUUUUCCGGACUGCAUGUCUCAAGCCAUUUUCAUAAUCUUCAAUGAAGUCUUUCCAUUCCAAAGAGUCAAAUUUGUCCAGCCUGAGUUCUUGACCUCUAUGGAAACUCACCUCCACCGUUGGUUUAUGGGAGGAAAUGGCGCCGCCUCCGAACAUUAUCGGUUUAGGUGGCUAGAAUGGCGUUUCCAGUACAUGGACCUAAAUAAAAUUCAUGAUCCGCUUUGCUAUCCACAAUUUUUUGACUUGAAGUUGAAAACUGAUCCCAUUCCACAAGCCUGCGAUGUUUUGGGUACCGAAAAGGUCGUUCUGGAAAUACCAAAGUUUAAGGCGGAUUUAAUGAAAAUAAUUCGAAAAGACAAUCAACAGAAGCGAGACAUGGUGAAGUUGAAGCUACCGACUCCGGGAAAAAAUGCCAAAGCAGACAUGCCGGUCGUUACCAGCGCAAACGAUAACAACGAGCGUACUCCCAUCAUUCCAUACGUAUUAGAAAGCGACUGCGUCCCGGGUUACCAUGUUCAAUUCGAAACUGCGCCUGUGGAAAUAAAUCAUCAAGUUACGCCACUUCUAUCAGCUGAAUUGCCUUUAUACGGCAAACCGAUUCGCUUUAGAACGAAGACAAACAUUACUAGAAUUAAACGGAAACUGAUCUCGCCAUUCACGUUUGCUGACGUUGUUCGAGAUGUGCAGAACCGCAUUCGUCAUCGGCGCAUACAAGUUAAACGACACGCAAACGCACUGGAAACUGAGAACAAGAAGAAGAAACGCAGUUUUUGGACAGUCAGCCAUGAAAGUGGAUUACUCAAAGAGUAUAUCACCGUUCAAAAAGUGAAAAGGAAAAAUCUGGGAGAGCUGCGAUUGGAAAUUAUGGCAGCACAGGAUAUUGAACGCCACCUGCCGGGUGUCAUGAGACGAAAACUGCGCAAGGGCCAUUUGCCCCCUCUGCUGGGUUUCAAAACCACAAAGGAAAUAAUAACAGGCCAUCAAAGAAACAACAGUAAUUUCGAGACUUUUCUAGGCUCGUUUUUCGAUUCUGAAAAGAAGACGAAGCUCACAGAAUGGGAUAAAAUGAAUGUUCCAUGAUCAGUAAUUGUCCACGAUGAUUAUUACGAUGUAUGUAUAUACUGCAUUGAUGCCAUAAGAUAGUAUGAUCUUGCAUUCUUGCCCAUUGAUUGUCGAAACUAGGAUUAAUUUUCAAAUUUCCAAUUCAGCAAUGCACUGCGAGUGCAAUCAAACGAAAAUUUUAAAAAA